AUGCAAGGUAUAGCAUACCUUAAAAAGCCCGUAAAGGGCAUGCUUAACGCAAUACGCCAAAGCAAUUACCGCAUUUUAAACGUACGUUAUAGUAAAAAAUAUUAUUACUUGCCCGGAAAGGAAAUAGAAAAACCUUUAAAUAAUAUGGCGAACGGGCUUAAGCGUUCGGAACCAAAACUUCCGGAAACCACGUUCUUUUCGUUAACGUUACAAUCGUUGCCGUUAAAAUUAUUAACGCCAAAAGCAGCACUUCCCGGCGCCAAUACGAACGCCGCACCCUUACGGGAAGCCGCGCGGCUCUUAAAUUUACUUUUUCGUUUAAACGGCAAUGGCGUAAAAUUAUUAAAAAAUGUUUUGGGAUUUGGCUUUUUAAAUGGUUUUGCGGGCGCGAAAUUGGAUUUUAAUAAGCUUUUCGAAAAGUUCCGGUAUUGCUUUAAAAAACCGCUUGUAUACGCAUAUCGGUAUACGGGGGUUAACGGUAUAAUUUUAAUAUACUUAACAACCAAAAUAACGGUUACAAAAUACCGUACGCUCCGUAUAAUUGUUUUUAAAAAGGGGCAAAUAAAUAAAAUUCCAAUUAUUGCUUUAUUGGAAAUUAAUAACUUUUUGCAACGGAAAUGCGUUGCGAAUAUUUAUGUAAAGCAAGGAAAAAGCAAUGUCCGUUUCGGGGGUAAAUCCAUUAAAAUCGAAAGCGUUGCGGCGGCGUUCGUCGCGCGCUUUACGCUUUUUUUCGGCGAAGGUUUUUUUGUUGCGGCGGUUAAAGCCCGCCGGGGGGUUACCGGCAAAACGUUUGCAAGAAUUUUAAAAGGUUACAAACGCAAAAGGGCCCGAUAA